UCGUCGUCGUCCUCGCCGUCGUCGCUGCUUCUCCCGCGUCCCUCAUAUUCGACUCAACUCAGGUAGCCUCGUCUUCAUCCUCUUUCUAUCUAGCUUCCUUCUCUGCGUCUGUUCCCUCUCGCUUCCGCUCCUUUCUUCCUUUUUUCCCUUUUCCCUCCUUUGUUCCUCUCUUCCUCUUUUCAUCAUCCACUUCAUAUCCUUCAUCCUCCGCCCGACCUUUAAUCACCCUCGAUAGAUCUCUCUACUAUUAUCCUCCCGAUCCAUCUUAUUCCAAAUAAGACUCGACGGAUUUUCACCCGGACCUAUUCUAGUUUCUCCUGGCAGUUUAUUCUCUGUUCUGUUCAAACUGAAAGAGACUCUGUUUCCUUUGUCUGCUGGUGGAUCAACGCACCUGACCUGUCCUGUACCUCCCUCGUCUGUGAGGAAGAAAAUAUCGUUUUUUUGCUGGAAACUUUAAGGGUCUCGGGUGGGAAGCUUUUAUUUCUUGGUGUAAGAAGAAGAAACAAGCGAGCAAAGUUGUCCUGUGCUACCAGAGGGAAAGAGAAGCUUAGUAUUCACACUUCCCACAGUGUACGUAUCACCACCCUUUUUGUUCUGUAUCGAGUCUUGCCCGUGAGCACAUACGCUAGCUAAGAAAACCAGUCGAGGUGUUGAAUGCUCCAUUUCCUUGCUCUCUGGAAUUUCUCGUACUCUUUUCUUCUUCCUUCCUUUAUUUCAUUCUCAUCUCCUCCCCUCUUUCUCACCCUGCUUUGCUCGGACUUGAUUGUUUGCUCCAAACGCGUCUCUUUUUCCUGUUACGUUUUUUUAUUUUUUUUCUUGGAAGCUGAUCCACGGUAUGGCUUGCACAGACCUUGUAUCUUGUUGCCUUACAGGUGAAGAGAAUUGUUAGUGAGAAGCAAAGCAAGUCACCUUAAGAAAAGAAGCAGUUGCAUCAAUCUCGUGAAAAUCUCGAAUUCAGGAUGGCCGACGAUUUCGAUAUCGAUAUCUACGGCGAUCUAAACCCUGACGAACCAGCGACUACUUUCAAGAAGGAGGAUGAGGACUUGUUUCUUGACCAAAACCAGGGAGACACUAAUGGCGAUAAUAAGCAGAAUACUGCUGCAGGUGAAGACACCAAUAUGGGCUCUGCUGCAGGUGAUGGUGAUAACUCUGGCAACUCCGCGAUCGUAAAAGAAGAGGCAGCGGUCCAGACGAAACAGAAGAGAAAGCUUGAUGAUCGGCCUUUUGACCCUGCCGCUACUACGGCUCUUUAUGUCGCCGAUUUGCACUGGUGGACUACUGACGAUGAUAUCCGUGGGUGGGUAAACGAAUGCGGUUGCGAGGACGAAUUGAAAGAUAUUACCUUCAGCGAGCACAAGGUCAAUGGUAAAUCCAAGGGGUAAGCUUCUCCUCGCUAUCCAACCACCUGAAAGCUUGGUUAAACGUUCUUGUCGAUAUAGGGUUGCUUUUGUUGAGUUUACUUCUCCCCAGGCCGCAACGGCUGUUAAAAACAAAAUUGAGGUUGGAGGAAGUCAGCCAGCUUACAUGGGUAAACGACAUACGGUCUCUUAUACCAAUCCUAGCGUCAAUCCAUUCCGCACCCUUCCCAAAGAUGCUCCUCAGCGUGAUAGGCCUCGUGAUGGAUUUCAAGGUGGAAGAGGCAAUGGUGCUAGCAGCGGGGAGCGUGGCGGUCACUCCGGACCACCAGCUGUUCAACCUUCCGCAAUCGGCAUGGCAGGAGGUAUGAACUCUGGUGGAGGUUUUAGGGGUAAUCGUGGUGGGUUCGGGGGGCCAAACCGCGGCAAUAUGGGGAGCGGGUUUGUCGGUAAUCGUGGUGGCUUCGGAGGCCCAGUUGGUGGCCCGCAAUCCCCCCAACCUGGUUUCCAGGCUCCGAUGAACAACUUCGGUGGGCAAGGUAUGCCAAUGCAACAAUUUGGUGGAGGAAACUUCCAAGCGGGUAAUUUCCCCGCCGGUAGAGGUGGUAUGAAUCCUAUGAGGGGUGGGCCAGCAGGUAUGAGAGGUAGAGGCGGCAUGGGGCACAACGGUAUGAUGGGCGGUGGCAUGGGUGGCAUGGGCGGAAACAUGGGUGGUGGGAUGGGAAUGGGUGGUAAUAUGGGCGGCAUGGGCGGUAAUAUGGGUGGAAACAUGGGCGCCGGUAAUAUGGAUGGUGGCUUUAAUCCUAUCGGAAUGGGAGGCUUCAACCCCAUGGGUAUGGGUAUGUAUGGUCAAGGAUUCCAACCGUCUGCGCGUUCACUUACGACCUACCCCAAUCAAGCAGGCCCUGGGGGAUUUCCAGCUCCUCACUUUAACCCGGCAUUCUUUCCUGGCGGUCCACAAGGGGGCAACCAAGGCCAAUGGGAGAACCCACAUCCAGCAAAGAGGCCUCGCCCCAAUGAGUAG